AUGGCCUCUUCCAUAACAUUACAGCGCCAACAUAACACCCAGGAGUGGUCGGCGUGCACCGACCCUUUCGCCAUCUCUGCUCCCACUCAUGGAACUCUCUCCCCCCUUCAUCUCUGGAACUCUCUCCCCCCUCAUCUCUGGAACUCUCUCCCCCUCAUCUCUGAACUCUCUCCCCCCCUCAUCUCUGGAACUCUCUCCCCCCUCAUCUCUGGAACUCUCUCCCCCUCAUCUCUGGAACUCUCCCCCCUCAUCUCUGGAACUCUCUCCCACUCACCUCUGGAACUCUCUCCCCCUCAUCUCUGGAACUCUCUCCCUCUCAUCUCUGGAACUCUCUCCCCCCUCAUCUCUGGAAACUCUCUCCCCCCUCAUCUCUGGAACUCUCUCCCCCCUCAUCUCUGGAACUCUCUCCCCCCUCAUCUCUGGAACUCUCUCCCCUCUCACCUCUGGAACUCUCUCCCCCCUCAUCUCUGGAACUCUCUCCCACUCACCACCUCUGGAACUCUCUCCCCCUCAUCUCUGGAACUCUCUCCCCCUCAUCUCUGGAACUCUCUCCCCCCUCAUCUCUGGAACUCUCUCCCCCCUCACCUCUGGAACUCUCUCCCCCUCAUCUCUGGAACUCUCACCUCUGGAACUCUCUCCCCCUCAUCUCUGGAACUCUCUCCCUCUCAUCUCUGGAACUCUCUCCCCCCUCAUCUCUGGAACUCUCUCCCCCCUCAUCUCUGGAACUCUCUCCCCCCUCAUCUCUGGAACUCUCUCCCCUCUCACCUCUGGAACUCUCUCCCCCCUCAUCUCUGGAACUCUCUCCCACUCACCUCUGGAACUCUCUCCCCCUCAUCUCUGGAACUCACUCCCCCUCAUCUCUGGAACUCUCUCCCCCCUCAUCUCUGGAACUCUCUCCCCCCUCACCUCUGGAACUCUCUCCCCCUCAUCUCUGGAACUCUCUCCCCCCUCACCUCUGGAACUCUCUCCUCCCCCUCAUCUCUGGAACUCUCUCCCCCCUCAUCUCUGGAACUCUCUCCCCCCUCAUCUCUGGAACUCUCUCCCCCUCAUCUCUGGAACUCGUCGUCCCCCCUCAUCUCUGGAACUCUCUCCCCCCUCAUCUCUGGAACUCUCUCCCCUCUCACCUCUGGAACUCUCUCCCCCUCAUCUCUGGAACUCUCUCCCCUCUCACCUCUGGAACUCUCUCCCCCUCAUCUCUGGAACUCUUUCCCACUCACCUCUGGAACUCUCUCCCCCUCAUCUCUGGAACUCUCUCCCCUCUCACCUCUGGAACUCUCUCCCCCCCUCAUCUCUGGAACUCUUUCCCACUCACCUCUGGAACUCUCUCCCCCUCAUCUCUGGAACUCUCUCCCCCUCAUCUCUGGAACAUCUCUCCCCCCCUCAUCUCUGAACUCUCUCCCCCCUCACUCUGGAACUCUCUCCCCCUCAUCUCUGGAACUCUCUCCCCCCUCAUCUCUGGAACUCUCUCCCCCUCAUCUCUGGAACUCUCUCCCCCCUCAUCUCUGGAACUCUCUCCCCCCUCAUCUCUGGAACUCUCUCCCCCUCAUCUCUGGAACUCUCUCCCCCUCAUCUCUGGAACUCUCUCCCCCUCAUCUCUGGAACUCUCUCCCCCUCAUCUCUGGAACUCUCUCCCCCUCAUCUCUGGAACUCUCUCCCCCCUCAUCUCUGGAACUCUCUCCCCCCUCAUCUCUGGAACUCUCUCCCCCCUCAUCUCUGGAACUCUCUCCCCCCUCAUCUCUGGAACUCUCUCCCCUCUCAUCUCUGGAACUCUCUCCCCCCUCAUCUCUGGAACUCUCUCCCCCCUCAUCUCUGGAAACUCUCUCCCCCCUCAUCUCUGGAACUCUCUCCCCCCUCAUCUCUGGAACUCUCUCCCCCCUCAUCUCUGGAACUCUCUCCCCCUCAUCUCUGGAACUCUCUCCCCCUCUCAUCUCUGGAACUCUCUGCCCCCUCAACUCUGGAACUCUCUCCCCCCUCAUCUCUGGAACCCCCUCUCUGGAAACUCUCCCCCUCAUCUCUGGAACUCUCUCCCCCCUCAUCUCUGGAACUCUCUCCCCCCUCAUCUCUGGAACUCUCUCCCCCCUCAUCUCUGGAACUCUCUCCCCCUCAUCUCUGGAACUCUCUCCCCCUCAUCUCUGGAACUCUCUCCCCCUCAUCUCUGGAACUCUCUCCCCCCUCACUCUGGAACUCUCUCCCCCUCAUCUCUGGAACUCUCUCCCCCCUCAUCUCUGGAACUCUCUCCCCCCUCAUCUCUGGAACUCUCUCCCCCCCUCACCUCUGGAACUCUCCCCUCCCCCCUCAUCUCUGGAACUCUCUCCCCCUCAUCUCUGGAACUCUCUCCCCCCUCACCUCUGGAACUCUCUCAACCCCCCCUCAUCUCUGGAACUCUCUCCCCCCUCAUCUCUGGAACUCUCUCCCCCCCUCAUCUCUGGAACUCUCUCCCCCCUCAUCUCUGGAACUCUCUCCCCCUCAUCUCUGGAACUCUCUACCCCCUCAUCUCUGAACUCUCUCCCCUCAUCUCUGGAACUCUCUCCCCCUCAUCUCUGGAACUCUCUCCCCCUCACCUCUGGAACUCUCUCCCCCCUCAUCUCUGGAACUCUCUCCCCCUCAUCUCUGGACCUCUCUCUCCCCCCUCAUCUCUGGAACUCUCUCUCCCCUGGAAUACUCUCCUCCCCUCAUCUCUGGAACUCUCUCCCCUCUCAUCUCUGGAACUCUCCUCCCCCCUCACCUCUGGAACUCUCUCCCCCUCAUCUCUGGAACUCUCUCCCCCCUCAUCUCUGGAACUCUCUCCCCCCUCAUCUCUGGAACUCUCUCCCCCCUCAUCUCUGGAACUUGGACUCACUAAACUUCCAAAAACAGCUUCCUCCAAGCAUACGACUCUUAGUUUCAGCUUUGUACCUUCUUUACUGCUUUUAG